AUGGCCACCCCAGGUAUAACCUUCAACCCUGCCACGGACAUUCCUUCUCUGGAAGGCAAGGUCAUCCUCAUCACCGGCACCAACUGCGGUCUCGGAAAGCAGGCCGCGCUGGAGCUGGCCAGGCACAAACCAGCCAUGAUCUGGAUGACCGCCCGCAAUGCCGAGAAGGGCCAGGAGGCGGCUGAUGAUGUCGUGCGCCAGGUGCCGGGUGCAGCUGUCACGUUUGUGCAGCUUGACUUAGCCUCCUUCGAGUCUAUCAAGAAAGCCGUCAAGACUGUACUCGCCAAGUCGUCCAGGCUGGAUGUCUUGAUGCUGAACGCAGGACUCAUGGGCGCCGCGCCUGCGUUGACGGCCGAGGGCUACGAAAUCCACAUGGGCACCAACCACAUAGGCCACGCCCUCCUCCUCCGCCUCCUUACCCCCCUACUCCUAGAGACAGCCGCCGCCCACCCAGAUACUCGCGUCGUCACCGUCGCCUCCGCGGCCUUUAAGCACGUCGGCCCCGAGAAAAUCCAAUUCGACACGCUCAAGUCCCUCGAGGGCGUCAAGCCCGUCCCGCGCUACCUGCAGAGCAAGACAGCAAACCUGCUGUACACGCAGGGGCUGGCACAGAAAUACCCAGCGCUUGUCUUCGUCUCGGUCGACCCGGGCGAGGUCGAGACGCAGCUGUUCAAGCGCGAGCCUGCGGACGAGCAGAUGCGGUGGGUGCAGACCGAGGUGGCGCCUAAGCUGUGGAAGCCUGUGGAGGAGGGCGUCAAGAACCAGCUGUGGGCAGCGACGGCGCCUGUGGCGAGCCUCGUCAGUGGGCGGCAUUAUGAGCCGGUUGGGAAGUACGAGCCGGUAGGGCUCAUGCUGGAUGCUGAGCUGGCCAAGGAUGUUUGGAACUGGACCGAGAAAGAGCUGGAGGGCCAGCAACUCUGA